ACUUUACCCCAAAACUAAUGCGUAACAAUUUUCGCUUAUAUAUUUAAAUUUAAAAAACGUGAUGUUUCGCAAAGUGUUAGGCGAUGACGAAAAUUACAAUCUACUCUGCCAGGCCCAUGAACAGUUCAACAAUCGGGAGUAUGACCGAUGCCUGGAGCUGUUACAGCAGCUGGAGACGAAAGGUGAGAGCAGCGGCCUUAUACUGCGUCACAAUCGGGCAGUGGUGAAUUAUUACAAAACUGGUUGCCUGGAACACCAGACGCUGCUCAAUGAACUUGAAAAGCUGGGUAAUGACCAACCGGCGCCUGGCGAGCCGACUGUGCCGCUUGCACUAAAGAAUGUCGGCAGCGCCCUUACCGUGGCACGCUACAACAAAGCGGUCAUAUACUUUCAUCGGCAUAUGUACGGCACGGCACUGGAUAGGCUAACGCCACUGGUGACCAGGCUGGAGGCACUGGAGAAGCAAAUGGCUGCGCUUGUUGCCACGUUGCAGUUGCAGCUGCUGUUGGCCACCAAUCAGCUAAAUCGCGCUGAAGCAUUUCUCGACUAUUUACAGUAUAAAUUGAAUUUAGUGGCUAGUGCACCCGGCGCAAGUGCCAGUAGCAGCCUGGAGGAACCGACAACAGCUACAGCCUCGACUGCCGCUGCCGCUGCAUCAGGUGCUGCAUCCGCAACAGCGCCCACAGCUGUGGCGAGCGCAACGCCAAUUCUAGAUAGUAGUGUAACGAGAGCUGCUGGCGAAAACGGUAGCAUUCUCCGGCUAUUGCAGUUGCUAACGCAUGUGCUUAAUCGCAAGCCUGUGGUCAUAACCGAGGAUGGGACACCAGAGAUUGCGGCGCUGAAGGCGCAGCAGUAUUACAUCAUGAAAGACUUUCAGAUGGCCGCUAAACAGCUGAUGCGCAUCAACGAUGACUGUACCCAGGCCGGAACUGUCACGCCGCAACUGAGCACGUGCAUCGCCAACAAUAUGGGAGUUAUCCAUUUGCGUGUACGACAUUACGCAAUCGCGGCAAAAUUCUUUCAGAAUGCACUGCGCUUCGAUCAGCAGCUAACAUCGAAUUUACGGCAAUGCUCUCUGCAAACAAUGGGAUUGGCACGGUCGUGUGAGAUCAUGUAUAACUUGGGCAUCGCCAUGCUGCAUCUGCGUAGACCCAAAGAGGCGUUUCAGUGCUUCCUGGUGCCAGUUAAGCAGUACCACAGUAAUCCACGUCUUUGGUAUCGAAUGGCCGAAGCCUGCAUUAUGGAGCAUGAGGCGCAAAAACUACCUGGAAAGGAUCGCCAUACGAUAGAUAGUGGCCUAAACUCAACAGGAUCUAAACCAUAUGGAGCGCACUCCACUGCGGUGCCGGAGCCAACACUUGAAUUUGCAGCUCUAUGCCUGCGCAACGCUCUCACCCUAUCUCUGCAAUACAAGGCUAGUUUCUAUAUGGCUGCCUCGCCUGACGAAACACUGGAUCCAAAAGACUCGUCACAGCAGCUAUGGAGUCAAACACAGGACAAUAACUUUUGCAACCCAUCGAAGCCGAUUAGCUUAGAAUCGAUGGAAAACAUGUUAGAUGCUAUUUAUGCGGCGCACAGCUUUGUGUCCCUGCGUCUGGGUGACCACGUCACCGCACUGGAAAUGGCAAAGCAUCUGCUGCAGAGCGAGCGUCUCUCCGACGCACACAAAUUGCUGGGCCACAUGUAUGCGGGCGAGGCCUUAAUGAUGAUGGACAAAUCCGGGGAGGCGCGUGACCAUCUAGAGCCAACUUUUGUGAAUUCAUUAAAUGCUCUUGAUCUGGAGACACGUGACUGGCAGCUAAAGUCCCUCGAUGCUGCCCAGAAUGUUGUCCGGUACAAUUUGGCCGUUACUUUCGCCUUGCAGAACGAUUUCCAGGCAGCCAAAAGUCUGCUGGGCACGCUGACACAUCCGAUUGUAAGCAAAAAAGCGUUGACUCUGCAUCGUUACAUUGAGCUCAAGAUAAGCGCCACUGCACUCCAUUAGACAACAGAUGAUGUAAAUAACGUAGACGGAUUCAAUAAGCAAAUCAAUGCGGAAUGUAAAUAUCAAAACCACUAACAGACCACUGUUAAUAUAUCCUUAAUGUCAUUGAAUUAAAGAUUGUAAAUUUAUUUGCUGUGCAACAA